AGAAAACUCGCUACUGGUCUUCGGCUUCGCCGUCCGGAUUAGUUCACUUCUCUCUCUGCCCCAGAUCUCAGAGCUGCUGGAUUAUUUCUCCUUCAGGAGAGAGCUAAGAGAGAAUGGGUUCUACUCCCACCGCAUCAAUCGCGUCCGUUGAUCAAGACUCCUCUGUUACUCUAUCCUCCUCCUUAGCCUUCGGCGAACCGGAGGCUCUCGAAUAUGUUCGUUCGCUCACCGACAUCGGAGCCAUAACUCGGCUCCUCCAUGAGUGCAUAGCUUAUCAGCGAUCCCUCGACGUUGAGUUGGACAAUCUCUUGUCUCAGCGCCCCGACCUUGACAAACAGCUCCUCCAACUCCAGCGCUCUUCUGAGGUUCUCGACAUUGUCAAGGCAGAUUCAGACCACAUGCUGUCCAAUGUUAGCUCAACCUGCGAUCUCGCCGACGAUGUCAGCCGUAAGGUCCGGGAGCUUGACUUGGCUCAGUCACGGGUUCGUUCCACGCUGCUCCGAAUCGAUGCCGUCGUUGAGAGAGGGAAUUGCUUGGAGGGUGUCGAUAAGGCGCUUGGAAUAGAGGACUAUGAAUCCGCAGCGAAGUACGUUCAAACAUUCCUCAAGAUUGAUGCGGAGUACAAGGAAUUGGAGUCGGAUCAGAGAGAGAGGUUGAUGGCGUCCAAGAAGCAGCUCGAAGGGAUCGUAAGGAAGAAGCUCUCCUCAGCUGUGGAUCAGCGUGACCACCCUACGAUUCUACGGUUUAUCCGGCUUUACUCGCCGCUGGGUCUUGAGGAGGAGGGGCUGCAGGUUUAUGUAGGCUACUUGAAGAAGGUCAUUGGGAUGAGAUCUAGGCUGGAGUUUGAACAGUUGGUGGAAUUGACGGAACAAAGAGGUUUGGGUAAUAAUAAUGGUAAUGUCAAUCAAAACCAAGCCAAUUUUGUCGGGUGUUUGACGAAUUUUUUUAAGGACAUUGUGUUGGCAAUUGAAGAGAAUGAUGAGAUCUUGAGGAGCCUGUGUGGCGAGGAUGGGAUUGUAUAUGCGAUAUGCGAGCUUCAAGAGGAGUGUGACUCCCGAGGUUCUUUGAUCUUGAAGAAGUAUAUGGAGUAUCGGAAGUUGGCCAAGUUAUCAUCAGAAAUAAAUGCCCAGACCAAGAGCAUGCUUGCUGUUGGGGGAGAUCCCGAGGGACCUGACCCACGUGAGAUUGAAAUGUACCUGGAAGAAAUUCUGUCACUUAUGCAAUUGGGGGAGGACUACACAGAUUAUAUGAUCUCAAAAAUCAAAGGGCUUACUUCUGUGGAUCCAGAUUUGGUCCCCCGUGCAACAAAAGCAUUCAGGAGUGGUAGUUUCAGCAAAGUUGUUCAAGACAUAACUGGAUUUUAUGUUAUUUUAGAGGGAUUUUUCAUGGUAGAGAAUGUGAGGAAAGCUAUUAGGAUAGAUGAACAGGCGCCUGACAGCCUUACAACUUCAAUGGUGGACGAUGUGUUCUAUGUCCUGCAAAGUUGCUUGCGUAGAGCAAUAUCAACUUCAAAUAUUAAUUCUGUCGUGGCAGUUCUGAGUGGUGCUAGUAGUUUACUGUCCAAUGAAUAUCAUGAAGCCUUGCAACAUAAAAUGAGAGAGCCAAACCUUGGUGCCAAGUUGUUCUUAGGGGGCGUUGGUGUGCAGAAGACUGGGACAGAAAUUGCAACAGCUUUAAACAAUAUUGAUGUUAGCAGUGAAUACAUUUUGAAACUAAAACAUGAGAUUGAAGAGCAAUGUAAUGAGGUUUUCCCUUUGCCAGCUGAUCGAGAAAAGGUAAAAUCUUGUUUGUCUGAGUUGGGAGAUAUGAGCAAUGCUUUCAAACAAUCUUUAAAUGCUGGUGUUGAACAACUUGUGGCAACUAUUACGCCACGAAUACGUCCUAUAUUAGACACUGUAGGAACAGUCAGCUAUGAUUUGUCCGAGGCUGAGUAUGCUGAUAAUGAGUUGAAUGAUCCAUGGGUUCAGAGGCUUCUCCAUGCUGUGGAGACAAAUGUGGCAUGGCUACAGCCACUGAUGACUGCUAACAAUUAUGAUACUUUUGUUCAUUUAGUCAUUGAUUUUAUUGUGAAGAGAUUGGAAGUGAUUAUGAUGCAGAAAAGAUUUAGUCAGCUUGGCGGCCUUCAGCUUGACAGGGAUGCUAGAGCAUUGGUGAGCCAUUUCUCGGGCAUGACGCAGCGGACAGUUAGAGACAAAUUCGCACGUCUCACGCAAAUGGCAACCAUUCUAAACUUAGAAAAGGUGUCUGAAAUUCUAGAUUUCUGGGGUGAGAACUCAGGUCCCAUGACCUGGAGACUAACUCCAGCAGAGGUAAGGCGUGUGUUGGGCCUUAGGGUUGAUUUUAAACCAGAAGCAAUAGCUGCCCUUAAGUUGUAAUAUCGAUCUGUAAAGCCCUUUUGUAUUCUUUUGUUCUUUUUUCAUUGAAUAUGUAACUACAACGCUUUCAUUUUUGUUUGAGCGGCUAUCAUACUUGAGUUC